CAAUGCUCUUCGAAAAAAUGAAUAUUGGAUGCGCUUUUCUUAAAGAAAUGUUUUCCAAAGUUGUAAAAACUAUUUUGCACCAAGCAAAACCUGUUCGACUUAAGACAGGAAGAUGAACCAAUGAUUGAGCAGAGAUUUGUUUUCAAGAAAAAAAAAAAUGAGUACAGCUAAUGGUUAUAGGUUUUCCAUAUAAGUAUGUUGCCAGAUAAGUAACGGCAGCUGGCAGCUCAGUUAAUUAUUUAAAAAUUUGCAAUGGCGACUGGUGAUGGAGGCGAGAGAACAUCCUUGGGUUGCUAUGUUAAAAAACAGACAAAAUACGGCAGCGUUUCAAAUAAUAUUAAUAGAAGAGAGAAAUAUAUCGUUCAUACAGUGCAUCCAGAUGAUACUUUGCAAGGUAUAGCUCUUAAAUAUGGAGUAACGAUGGAACAGAUUAAACGAGCAAAUAAAUUAUGGAGUGCAGAUUGUCUUUUCUUGAGGCCAACUCUAAAUAUUCCAGUUGCAGCUGAUUUAGCAAAUUUUUCUUUGAAAUCUGGUACUGAUGUUUCUAAUUCAGAAAUAAAUGGCAAAAAUAAAGAAACUCAUUGUACAGAUUCUGGAGAUUUUAACUUGAAUGAUACGAUAUCAACAAGGGAAGAAAGUUUAGCAGAUUUUCUGAUUCGUAUUGAUAGUUCAAUUGCAGAAACUAAAGAUAAAGUGAAAUAUUUACAACAGAUUACUGUUCAUAAAAAUAUCAUGUAAUUGAAGGAACAUUGCUAUGAUGAAUGAAAUCAUCCAGUACAGUAAAUAGUGAAAUUCCAAUAGGGAAAAUAUGUUCGUCUCACUUCGAUAAAUCUUAUCUGAAAUAUAAAUAUUUUAAAGGAAGUGUAACUAAUAGAAUCCGCCCAUAUCGAGGUUGUUUUUUUAAAAAAAAUACUUUUAAAAAACCUUUUGAGAAUUAAUAAAUUUCUUACAUAUUUGUGACAAAUUUUCAUUUAAUUUACGAACUUUGUUACAUAAUUAUUAUAAACCUCCAUUGCGUUUAUCAGUAUAAAUAAAGCCUACAGUUUUAAACACAAGUGUCUGUGUUAUCGCGAAAUCUUUAGUAAAUCUUGAACUUUGUCUGUAACAAAUGUUAUCGUAACGAUUUGUGAAACUGUCCGGAUUGAAUUACACCUUUGUAUUAUUUUCAAAAAGUGAUUAAUAAUAUUAGUGACAGGUUACAUCUGAUAGAUAAUGGUUAUUUGAAAUGGUUCAUUAUUAUCCGUUUAAGCAAACAGAAUUCAUAAUGAAUAAUUGUUUCGUUAUUCAUCCUAUACAUAUGAAAAGUAAUUUAUCACUCAUUAUAAAAAAAAACUAUUCAUAUUUGGAUAAAGGGGAAAACACUAUCUGUAGAUUUCUUUCUGCUUUAUCCUUAUAUUGUGCUAACGAAGAAACAAAAUAGUGAUGAUUCGUCAAAAAAUGCAGUAAAGAAUAGUAAUAAAAUUUCAAAAUGUUAUCAAAUAAAUAUAUUUUUGUUCUCUAAAAAUUAUUCUCCAUUAUUAUUAUUCUCUAUAUUAUAACUUUAAUAAAAAAAAUUUCUCAAUUGAUACCGAAAUAAUUCAUGUUUGGUUUGGAAAAAAUAUAUAAUUUUAAUUGCACAGAACGGAAAAAAAAUGCCGUCGAUUAUUUUAAAUCAGUUACAAAUUAAAUAUCUUCACCCCCCUUUUUAAAUGUUUUUAUCUGUAUUGAACCGUACUUAUCAAAUUUUAGGAUAGAUACUGAUUAAAAGUAAAGAAAAAAACCGAUAAAUAUUUCUUUAAUUUUUCGAAAUUAAGGGUA